GGUGCAUUAAUCUCAGAUUGAGGGUAUCUUAUCAGGUCACUCACUCACCCACUCAGUACAAACCUUGUGACUCACACUAUUGCGAGCCAACUCACUCACUCGGUUCACAGCAUCAAAGACGGAUAUCAGGUAUCGCUCUCAUUCAUGCUCUCUCAACGGACUGAAUCUCUUCUCUCUCCUCGGCAUCGCCCGACUGAAUCUCUUCUCUCUCCUCGGCAUCGCCGGUCUGAAUCACCUCAUCCACUUCCAUUGCCUCUCUCAAAUUACUCGCCGAUCAAUUCCGGAGAACAAUCAGGCUUUGAAAUUGGCUUCAAAAUGCAAUAGAAAGUCAAUGUUGCCUCUCAGUUCCACCAUUAAAUCAAAUCUUCAAACAUCUCCAGCUUCUACUUAGCAGAUCCACUUCGUCACCUAUCCACAAAUUCUUCUUUUCCAGGUUCCUUUCUAUAUAUCCAAAUUCUGUGAUAUAUGUACAUUGCAGAGUUGAAUAUUUGCUUAUUUUAAAGGGAAUUCCUUGGUGGCAAACGCCAAUUAGCUACUGUAAGCAUAAAAUCAAACAAGGACAGUUACGGCUUUUGGAUUCUGACAUUACCUUCCCUCACUCCUUUCCCCCACCCAGUUUUAAUUUUAACCUUCCUCUUCGCAAAAUACUUAACCAUAAAUUUCCAUUUCCAAACCUCAAUGUCUCUCAGGAAACCCCCACUCCCUCGGCUCCUCCUUAACCAGGUCUCAUGCAUGAGAAAUGCACAACAAAUCCUACGACACGUAAAUGUCUCCAUUCAUGAUGGUGGUGCUCUUGUGCUGAUGGGCACCAACGGUUCGGGCAAAUCCACUUUCUUGCGCAUGUUAGCUGGAUUCUCUCGACCCUCAGCUGGUGAGAUCCUCUGGAACGGUCAUGAUAUAACUGAAUCAGGGGUUUUCCACCAGUACAAGCUUCAGCUCAACUGGCUCUCCCUCAAGGAUGCAAUCAAAGAGAAGUUCACAGUCCUCGACAACGUUCAGUGGUUUGAAGUUCUUGAAGGCAAGCAAGGGAAGUCUCUGCCUGCGCUAGAGCUUAUGGGGCUUGGAAGAUUGGCAAAAGAUAAAGCAAGAAUGCUCUCAAUGGGCCAACGGAAAAGGGUGCAGCUUGCAAGGUUGCUGGCAAUUGAUCGGCCAAUUUGGUUGCUAGACGAGCCUUCAGUGGCAUUGGAUACUGAGGGGGUUAAGCUGCUGGAGUAUAUUAUUGCAGAGCACCGAAAGAAAGGAGGGAUUGUGAUUGUGGCCACACAUCUGCCAAUUGAGAUUGAGGAUGCAAUGUAUUUGAGGUUGCCACCAAGGUUUCCACGAAGGAUGACUCUAGUAGACAUGCUUGAUCGAGGUGGUUAGAGAAUGGAAUUGGUAAUGUAAUUAAACCUGCAAGAAUUGGGAUUGAACUAUAAGAGGCUUUCUGGAAGGUGCAAAAGUUUAGCAAAAAACAAAAGCUUUGAAAGCUCGAACAGGGAGAACUGCAGUCCUCAAUAUGGAGGCAGUUCCUUUGCUUGAGAGUUGAAGGAAAUUGUAGUUUCGUUGUCCAUUGCAUUUGAGAACAUUAUAUAUAUAUAUAUUAGUUGUUGGUGAUUUCAUGUAAUAUCUUACUGGAUUGAAAAAUGCCGAUUACUUUGGAUUUGAAAUUCUGAUAUUUGGAUUUAUUAAGGUAAA